UUCCAUUUAAUAUGUUAAGUCAGAUCAGGAAGUGUGAUGCUGUGACAGUAGAAAAGGAAGCAGGCACACAAUGGCACUAUGUUUGCAUCUGGGACUGGUAGCAUGAGAGGGCCCCGGGUAAAGACCCCCCUGUUGCUGCUGCUGCUGCUGGCCGCUCUUACAAAGACAGUGUUGUGUGACAACGGAGAUGCAGCUGCUGAUGAUGAAGCAGAAGCAACUGAGAUACAGGAAGAGGAGGCAGUAGAAGCAGAAGUAGUACAAGAAGUCCCAGGAGCUGACGGUGGUGGUGAUGGUAAUACAGAGAUCUCAGAAACAACUCCAGCUACUACAGAUGACUCUCCAACAGUGGCACCCGGCCCCUCCCUCCCAGUUGAGAACAUUGAAAGUCCCAUAGAAGACGAUCAUGGCUCAGGAAUAAGGAGCCUCCCCUCCCUUGAUGAUGUCCCUACAGAAGCAACACUGCCUUACUCUGCGGGUCCUGGGGACAUUUCACAAAAAGGAGGGGAAGAAGGUUUGAGUCUCAUCAUCAUCCUGAUCCCUGUGGUUCUGGUGGUCUUAAUUAUCGGCAUGAUAGUCUGCGGCAUUUUCAUCAACCGUAGGUGGAAUGAAAAAGCAAGAAAUCAAGAGCUGAGAAAAGAAGAUCCCUAUUUGGACGGGUCCAGCACAGAGAAGGUGCCAAUGCCCAUGUUUGAAGAAGAUGUGCCCUCUGUGUUGGAGCUGGAAAUGGAAGAGUUGGACCAAUGGAUGAAAACGGACGAUGAAACUGCAAAGGACUCCACGCUUGCAUGAAUCUACUGAUGGUGGUUAACAAAGGACGCUCUCCCUGCAUGAAAGGACACGCAGUCAGUGAUGCAUUGAUGCCAACUUGGAUGUUCUGACCUUUGUAAAUAAAUCCAGCAACAUCUGUGACCACGGGAAAUAAUUUGACUGCCAGGAAACAACACUUUAAGGACACAAGCAAACAUUACUUUCAUUUUUAAUCAGCCAGAAACAUGAAUACAUCAUCACAACUCUUGGCUGUCAUUCUCCUUGAAAGCUUUCAGUGGACAGCAAUGGACGACAAUUGGACUUAAACUUGUUAAAACACUGGAUCUUUGAUCAGUUUUGUGCCUUUCAUGGAUUUUUUAAGGUCAUGCCUUGCCUUCUUUGAUUGUAUUGUUGAACUGUCGAGCAGUAAGUGGUUAUAAUCCGGGUAAAUGCACAGUAUUUUCUGCCUCAGUGAAACAGAAAGAAAAGUAUCAAGGUUAAACCUACAACACUGUGCAGUAUACCAAACAUUCCCUUUUGUACUGAUUCAUAGUGUUAAAAGAGAACGUGGUCAUCUUAAAGCGCAUUAGGCCGAUACUCUUCUCCACCCCUCACAGAUAUGACUGCUCACAGUUUCUGCUGAUGGCAUCUCUUUAGCUCAAAGCCUCUUUGUUGUAUUACACUGUGUGACUCCCUCCAGCUGCAGGUUUUAAUGGGGAAAUAUCCUGUUGAAGAUUGCAGGCAUGCAUGACAGAGGAGGCCACUCCUUUUCAUGCCUGUGCAGAGCUGGUUAGGACUCACAGAGAAAGUGGUUUUUAUUCAGAGAAUGAAAUCUCAAAGUGUGAAAUCAGUCUGUUUCUGUGUCUUGUGAUAAAUUAUUACCCGUCACUGAAACAGCUUUCUAAAAGCUCCUACUGAUAAGAUUUUCAUCUCACCAUGCAGUGGAUAAUAACUCUCUGACUGAAUACUUGAUGUCUACAAAUGCUGUUCAGAUGUUUUGUCUCCAGUUUUGGCUUUAAAGUGUUGAAUCUAAUCUAAUCUAAGUCAUGACACUGAUUUUAAUUAAUGUGAGUGCAACUUUCUAAAUGUGUCAGUCAGUAUUUUGCAGAAUCUUGCACUGUAAAUAUGAGAAUACAGUAUACCAAAAGAUGUUAUUUUCAAGGAUUGCCUUUUGUAAAUAUUUCAUACAAGGCCGUAAUUUUGUUGUAUUGCUAAUGAAGCUUUGAAUAAAUUUCAGUGAAUAAAACCUUGUGAUAAAAUCA